CGCUUGUCGUCAGUGCAAAGUCAAGGGCUGCUUAUCAGCAGCAUCUCGGCCUCAGUCGUGUGUUUGCGUGGAGCAGCUGAGGUGAGCUGCCUGGGGAUUACGUUCUCUCCUGCUGUUGUGGACAGUCACGGAGGGAGACCAUGGCUGUGAUGGAGGGGUUUCUUCUCCAGGCCCCCGCUCCUGUGACUCUCCUGGGGGCUGUGCUGGUGCUGCUGGCGUUUUAUCUGCUCUCACCUUCUCCCGACUCAGCGAGGGAGCCCCCAGGCCCCCGGCCCCUGCCUCUCCUGGGGAACCUGCUUCUCCUGGAUCUGAAAAACCUGCAUGCCUCUCUCUGUGAGCUAUCAGAGAAACAUGGCAGCGUGUUCACUGUGCACUUUGGCCCAAAGAAAGUGGUUGUGCUGGCAGGAUAUAAGACCGUCAAACAAGCACUUGUCGACUAUGCUGAGGAGUUUGGGGAGCGGGAUGUCUCCCCCCUUUCCCAUGAUAUUGUCCAGGGACACGGUAUUGUGUUUGCCAAUGGAGACUCGUGGAGAGAGAUGAGACGCUUUGCCCUCUCCACGCUGCGCGACUUUGGCAUGGGUAAGAGAGGGUGUGAGGAGAAAAUCAUCCAGGAGGUCCACCACCUGGCGGAGGUGUUCGAGAAGUUCAAGGGUGAACCUUUCAACACAACCCAGCCAGUGAAUUAUGCUGUCUCCAACAUCAUCUCCUCCAUCGUCUAUGGAAGCCGCUUCGAAUACACUGACCCAGUCUUUCAAAAAAUGGUUGACAGGUCCAACGAGAACAUCCGGCUUCUUGGCUCUGCAGAAAUACAGCUGUUCAACCUGUUUCCACGGCUGGGCCGCUGUCUGGGGCAGUGGUUAGGGAAUCGUGCCUUGCUGCUGAAGAAUUCCUACUCCAACAUUGAGGAGAUGAAGGGGCUGGUGAAGAGACUGCAGGAGUCGCUGAACCCUCAGCAGUGCAGGUGCUUUGUGGACUGCUUCCUCAUUCGACAGCAGGAGGAGGCAGGGCAGAAGGGCUCCCACUUUCACCAGAAUAACCUGAUCAUGACUGUCGGCAACCUGUUUGCAGCCGGGACUGACACCACUGCAACCACACUGCGCUGGGGGCUGCUUCUCAUGGCCAAGUACCCCCACAUACAGGACCGCGUCCAGGAAGAGAUGAGCCGGGUCAUCGGGGACAGGCAGCCGCGAACCGAGGACCGGAGGAGCCUGCCCUACACCAACGCCGUGAUCCACGAAAUCCAGAGACUGGCCAACAUCUCCCCCUUGAGUCUCCCCCACGUCACCAGCAGUGAUAUCACCUUCCAGGGAUUCCUCAUUAAGAAGGGAACCACAGUGAUCCCACUCUUGGCUUCAGUGAUGCAGGAUGAGAGUGAAUGGAAAAACCCCUACAGCUUUAACCCUGAUCACUUCCUGGAUGAAGAGGGCCACUUCAUCAAGAGAGACGCCUUCCUGCCCUUCUCUGCAGGGCGGAGGGCGUGUCUGGGAGAGAGUCUGGCCAGAAUGGAGCUCUUCCUCUUCUUCACCUCCCUGCUGCAGAGGUUCCGCUUCUCUGUACCCCCUGGGGUGUCUGAGACAGAGCUGGACCUUACCCCAAUCGUUGGGGCAACCCUCAGCCCCUCCCCCCAUCGACUCUGUGCCAUAAGCCGGGCGUGAACCCCACUCCUGCGUGUUGUGUGUAAACACCGCAACAAUGCCUGACAUGUUCUGCAUAUACCUGCAUCUUUCAGUGUCUGUUUUCAAGCAGCCAUCAUAGAAUACUUUUGCAUGCUAUGAUGCAUUGACACAUAGGCUUCUGUGCUAACUUGCAAUGAGGUGCACCUAGAACACAAAACCAACAGUCAAAAGGUUUCAUAAGAAUAGCAUAAAUGUAAAUGAUCUGAUUUCAUAAGAAUGAAGAAUAUGACUAGGUAAAAACAUUGCAAAGGCAAAAGCAGGCCAUUCAACCUAUCUUAGCUCAUCAUUUCGCCUAUAUUUGGAGUUACAUUCAGGCGUGCUUCAGGGACCUAUCCUUAGGUCACUAUCAUUUAUUAUUGUCAUUGAUGGUAUUGGUCAUAAGACAAGAAAUGCCAGUGUACAUUUCUGUGCUGGUGACAGAAUUGUGUCUCUACUGGAAAAAGCAUCUCAGGAAGCACAGCUUGCCCUUGAUGACCUUCAGCAGAAUCUAAAUCUCAAACCAGUUCUGAACUCUGACAAAACAUGCAUGCUAUAUUCCGGUGCUUUACUUCCUGGUAAAAUGAAGAUAUGUAACAUAACAGAAAAUAAAAUGUUAAAAAACAA